AUGGAAAGGCCAUUGGAUUCCAAAGUUGAUGGCCAAUAUUCCAUCACUAACAUAGAGAAAGCCAAUGAAGUCACACAAUCCAUUUCUAAGCUCCUUGUAUUGCUUCAACGAAAUUUUAAAGGAGAUUAUCCAGAUUCCUUGAUUCAGGAGCUUAAAACUAUGACAAAUAACCUAACAAAAUACAAGAAAUUAGAUUUACCAUCUUUUGCUAAGGAUUUUUCCAGUUAUUCUGGUGAAGAUGUUUUAUCCGUUGCAUUACUCUUUUUGAAUGAAAUUAACAACAACACUAUAAACAAACAGAAAGAUCAGCUUUCACAAUAUGAAAAUGAAAUCAAUUUACUAAAAGAAAAAAUAAAAUCUUUAUCAAAGACAGAUCGAUCUACACAAAUAGAAAAUACAGGAUCAUUUGGAUCAAGUAACGGAAAAAACUCAUCUAAUUCUCUAUCAGAUUCCAAAUUUACCUCCGAUAUCUCUAAAUUGAGCCGUGAAGAGGAAAUCAAGCAAAUUAAACGUCAGAUUCGCGAUAAAUACAAAGACAAAAUCCUUGAAUUGAAUUCAAUGGUUCAAGAAAUUCCUCCUUUACAAGAUGAAAUCUUCAGACUUCGAAAGAAACUGAAAUCCAAAUCGAAAGACGAAUCAAAUUCUCAAACUACGAUCCAAUCAUACGAAUCCGAGCUCAGAGAAACGAAAGCUUCAGUGGUCGAUCUCCAAAAUCAAUUACAAACAGCUUUAGCUGAAAACGAGAGACUAUCUCAGAUUACUGAACAAACAAGCAAGUCAAUACUUUCAGAAAGAUCCCAAGGAAUCGCAGAAGGAAAACAAAAAUUCCAAUAUCUUAUAUCCGAAAUGGCCCAAAACUACCAAGGAGUAUCUAGAGAGCUUACUGAUGUUAUCCAACAAAGGAAUAAGUUGUUUGAACUCGUCAACUCCCAACAAAUUCUUUUAAUGAAACAUGAAAACGCCAAAAACCAAACAACUUCUCAAAAAGAGAUCGUCGUUGAACGACCAAUACCCAAUAAAUUACCAAAUAUCAAUGAUUUGAUUCUUGAUUCCAUUGAUGAAAUUAAUCAUGAUAAUAUUGAAGAUGCGAUCACAGAUAUCCUUAAACUAACACACCAAGACAAAUCAUAUACAGAAACAAUCGAAUCCCUGAUUAAUUUGCUUCUCGAAAGGGUCAGAUCAAAAGAAAAAAUAAUUUCUGAACAAAACAAGAAAAUUAGCACUUUUACUGACCAACUACCACUUGUUAAUAAGCUAACUAGUCUUAUUAAAGGCCAAUUAUCAUAUAUCGAGAAGAUUGCGAAAAUUGAUGAUUUGCAAGUUGACUCUUCGCUUCGGGAAAGUAUUUAUCACAAUAUCAGUGACACCAAAGAUUACAUUGAGAAGAACUGUGGCCAAAUCAAUGACCAAAAGUCCAUUUUCGGAUUUUUAGAAUCAGAUCCAGAAAAAAUCAAAGAAAACAUAUUGACUUUUCUUUCGAAAUACGAAAAUCCACAAACAGCUGAAGGAAUAGAGCUAUAUCUUAUUCUUAAGCAGUCAAUUGCCUUAUCCUGA